UCUGAGCCGGACCGGGGCGGGGCCGCAGGAGCUGUAGGUGUUGCAGCUGGGUCGGGACAGGUGCGCGAGGUAGAGCGCCUAGGACCCGCGGCAGGGCUUGGUAGCAGCACGGAGGAAAGACCGAUUUUAGCCAGGUAUUUCAGUAUCUGUAGACGAUGGAAUCAGCUCCAUUUAAUAGACGGCAAUGGACUUCAGUAUCAUUGAGGGUAACGGCCAAAGAACUUUCUCUGGUGAACAAGAACAAGUCAUCGGCUAUUGUAGAAAUAUUCUCCAAGUACCAGAAAGCAGCUGAAGAAGCAAAUAUGGAAAAGAGGAGAAGUAACACUGAAAAUCUCCCCCAGCACUGCAGGAGGGGUAUCCUGACUGUGUUAAAGAAGAAGUGGGAGAACCCAGCCCUGGGAACAGAGUCUCACACAGACUCCCUGCGAAACGGCAGCGCUGAGGUCAGACACGGAGGCAACCAUCCUGCCGGUGAAGUGGCUAGAAGCUCUGCCCCUGAGGCCGAAGCUGACCAGGAAGAAAGAGUCCACCCCAGACCUAGACUCGGAUCACCUUCUGAAGCCCUUACUCAGUGGCCGAAUCUCCUCAUUGAGGGCAGCGAGCGUCUUAAAGACCACUCGAAAGAAAGUAAAAAAAUGGAAAAUUGUCUAGGAGAAUCCAGGCACGAAGUAGGAAAACCUGAAAUCAGUGAAAACACAGAAGCCACAAACAAAAUAGAGAAAUACAAUGUUCCGCUGAACAGGCUUAAGAUGAUGUUUGAGAAAGGUGAACCAACUCAAACCAAGAUUCUUCGGUCCCAAAGUCGGAGUGCAGGUGGAAGGAGGAUCUCUGAAAACAGCUAUUCUCUGGAUGAUUUGGAAAUAGGCCCAGGACACAUUAUUUGUGCGCUUCCAGGUCAGUCGUCAUCUUCUCCGUUCAACACAGAGAAAAGCGAGAGCAGGCGAAAUCUGGACUUACCGCGCCUGUCAGAAACCUCCAUAAAGGAUCGAAUGGCCAAGUACCAGGCAGCUGUGUCCAAGCAGAGCAGCUCCAGCAGCUCCACAAAUGACCUGAGAGCCAAUGGCGGUGAAAUCAGAACUCAUAAAUUGGAGCAAAAGGAGAAUGUGCCCCCAGAUCCUGAGGUCUGCAUCUCCCAUCAGGUUGGAGAGAAGGUUUCUGCAACUGAGAAUAGCCUGGCAGUCCGUUCCACCCCUGCGGAAGAUGACUCCCCAGGUAACUCCCAGGUCAAGAGUGAGGUCCAGCAGCCUGUCCAUCCUAAACCACUAAAUCCAGAUGCCAGAGCCUCCAGCCUCUCUGAAAGUUCUCCUCCCAAAGCAGUGAAGAAGUUUCAGGCACCUGCGAGAGAGACUUGUGUGGAGUGUCAGAAGACAGUCUACCCAAUGGAACGUCUCUUGGCCAACCAGCAGGUGUUUCACGUCAGCUGCUUCCGUUGUUCCUACUGCAACAACAAACUUACUCUAGGAACAUAUGCAUCUUUACAUGGGAGAAUCUACUGCAAGCCUCACUUCAAUCAACUCUUUAAAGCUAAAGGCAACUAUGAUGAAGGCUUUGGGCACAGACCACACAAGGAUCUGUGGGCAAGCAAAAAUGAAAACGAAGGGACUUUGGAGAGACCAGCCCAGCUUCCAAAUGUAGGGGAGACCCCUCAGAGCCCAGGAGUAGAAGAUGCCCCCAUUGCUAAGGUGGGUGUGCUGACAGCAAGCAUGGAAGCCAAGGCCUCCUCUCAGUCAGAGAAAGAAGACAAGCCAGCUGAAACCAAGAAGCUGAAGAUUGCCUGGCCACCCCCCACUGAACUUGGUAGUUCAGGAAGUAUCUUGGAGGAAGGGAUCAAAGUAUCCAAGCCCAAGUGGCCUCCUGAGGAUGAAAUCAACAAGCCUGAAGCUCCUGAGGACGUAGAUCUGGAUCUGAAGAAGCUAAGACGAUCUUCUUCACUGAAGGAAAGAAGCCGCCCAUUCACUGUAGCAGCUUCAUUUCGAACCACUUCAGUCAAGAGCCCAAAAGUCUUGUCCCCACCUAUAAGGAAAGGCUGGAGCAUGUCAGAGCAGAGUGAGGAGUUUACAGGAGGAAUGACAGCAGAAAAGAAACAAGGGGAAAAUGCCAAUACCUCCGAAAAGAAUGGUAGUGUGGGAAAAACAACCUGGCAAAACCAGGAAUCUGGAGGAGGGGAGACAGGGGGGAGAAGUAAGGAAGAUCAUGGUUUUGAGAUGGGGAGUGAGAAUCUUACAGAAAAUGGUGCAAACUUAGAUGAAGAUGAUAGAAAUCUCAAACAGCAGUCUCCGCUAGAACCCAAGUCUACAAAUUGGUCCAGCUUUGCAGACAAUACCUCCUCUAAAGAAUUCACUACCCAAAAUCAGAAAUCCCAGGAUGUGGGAUUCUGGGAGGGAGAAGUAGUUCAAGAGCUGUCUGUGGAGGAACAGAUAAAGAGAAAUCGGUACUAUGAUGAGGAUGAGGAGGAGGAUGAGGAAUGACAAACUGCAAAUGGUGCUGGGCCUUAAAUUUGUGUUAGUGAGCCACUGCCCUUUCUCAAAGUGAUGCACAUAUACAUCUUAGCAUGAACUGUAAUUUAUAUGGAAGUAAUUUUGGAAGAGUUCUUGCUUCAAAAAAAAAUCCCAUACUGUAGCUUAAGUGAACCAAUUCUAAGUGCUAGAGAUAACAUUACUUAAGUCCUCUGUUUUAGCAAUGGUGAUAUACAUAAGUGCUUUAAGGUCUUAUGGUGAGGGGGGGAAUAUGCCAACUGAUAAAUCCAGACUCCACUGUAUUCCCAAAAGGCAAUACAAAAAUAGAUGAUUAGUAGCACAUUGUUACGCUAAAAAUUCAUUUAUGGAAUUAGGGAACAUACAGAAGGGGUUUAGGGACCUAAACAUUAUGACUGAAUGCACUUUAGUAUAAAGGGCACAGUUUGUAUAUUUUUAAAUGAAUACCAAUUUAGUUAUUUAGUAUUCAUCUGUUAAGAGAUCAAAUAUUUAAUCUUUAAAACAUUUUUUAGGUUAAUUUUCUUACUUUGAUAUAUAUGGGGAAUUUAUUGCUAUGCAUCCCUUUCUCUAAACCAUAUCCAGAACUGGAUUAUUGAGAUAUAACACAACUAUUCUUUGGGGGCACUUUCUGAGCACAUUUGGUGCUUGCUGAGAUCAGCUAUCUCUCAGUUAAGCUCUGGUAUUUGCCAAUGAGUUUGACUAUAUCCCAGUUGAUUGCUUUCUUCUUUGGUGGUAUCUGUGGCAGCUCAUAAUUUACUGAAAGCUGCAAUAUUUUUAUAAGAUCUUUUGUAUUGUUGUUUGCCAUGUUGCAUGUUAAAGCAAAGUGAGGAGUUUAAAGGAGGAAUAACAGAAAAAACUGCCUUAAACCACUUGAGUCCAGACCCCCAAACCCGAUAUUCCACUUCUGAUAUCCCCUUUCUGGGACACUAGUUUUUUUAAUACUUACCAGCUCUGAAAUGUAUUGAUUUUUAUGGCAGACAGUAUUUCCAGGGUGCAUUAAACCAAUUAUAGGCCUUUUUCGGGAAGAUGGUUUUCUAGUAGUUAAGGUUUUAGAACAUUAUAAACUUGAGUACUUUGUUGUACAUAAUUGAUAUUCCAAAUUGUAUGUGGGGGAGAGAGGUAUUUUAAGCUAUAGACUUUUCUUUGUACUGCAUUUUUAGACAUUUAGCCCUAAUAUUUUUUAGAGAUGUAAAAUAUUCUGCUUUCUUACAGUCUUGCUUAGUCUGAAACAUUUUUAUUCAAUAAAGCUUUUAAUUUACAUUUGA